ACAGACAGGAUGCACUCCUCAUGCUGCCCUGCUGCCAGACCACAGACACUGAAGGUGUUGUGUGUUCGAAUGUGUGCCUUCUACACUGCCGUGUGUCUGGCAGGCUGGCCGCCCUCCGCGGAGGCAGCCAGACUCCGCUGUGGCUCUGAUCUCCUCAGUGAUCUCAUAUUUGUGUGUGGGGAUCGUGGAAUCUAUUUAGGUAAAGGUACAUGGUCUGGUUACGGUGCUCGGCCCAGAGGGAAGGGGAUCGUGGACCAGUGCUGUCGUCCUGCUGGCUGUGAACUUCAGCAUCUGGAGCUGUACUGUGCUAAGCCAAAGAGCCAGCAGCACACCACAGCUUACCCAGCCACAACCACAGCAUCUCCCACCACUACACAGCCAGACAUGGCACAGCAUUUCCAAGCAGUAUUUCAGAAGAGACUUUUGGAGCACCUGGGGCCUCCCAACAGCCCGAAGAGGGAGGCUUAUAGAAAGAAAACACAGCCUUCACUUCGACGAAAAAACAAACUUUCAUCGUCACGCAGGAAGAUUAACACACGGAACACAACUAGCAGGCCUCCUUCAGCCUCUAGUAGUCCCCUUCAACGGAUGAUGAGAAAGGACUCGUGA